UCUGAGCAGCGCCAGUCGGACUGGACAGAAGAGAUCGCCGCCAGUUCUCCGUGCAGAGCGAAUCACCUCGGCGCGUUCGUCACAAAUAAAAGCACACAGCCAGAAGGCAGCCUAUUCUACGUCGAUUCAUGGAAUUAUUGUCAGGUGGCGUAGGUUGCAUUUAUUACCAAUUCAGUUCGAUAGUUGUGGCUUCUACCCAUCCUGCCUGAAGGUCACAAGCGGAGCUGCUCAGCACCGACCGCCGCGCCCCUUCAGGACUUCGUCACCCAGGGACUGCAACGAAAGGACGAUGGGGGACAACGAGCUGCAAUAGAGGAGUGAGCGCAGUCUGAGGGCAACAGGAUCUGAAAAGGGAGAUUUGGUUGAUUUAGAGGAGGGAGAAGGUAACCCCAGGACUUAAGAGGGAAAGAGGAGAGGAGGGAGGGGGAUUAGGUGCAAGGCUGGACUGGAGGACUGAAGGACUGGAUGCUAUUCUCAAUAGGCCCCAGCAGGUCCCAGCUCCCACAGAGAUGGCCUCCAACUUCAACGACAUCGUCAAGCAGGGAUACGUCCGCAUGCGUAGCAGGAAACUGGGGAUUUACCGUCGCUGCUGGCUGGUGUUUAAGAAGUCGUCCAGUAAAGGACCACGCAGACUGGAGAAGUACACUGAUGAGAAGUCCGCUUACAUCAGAGUCUGUCCUAAGGUGACAGAGAUCAGCAAUGUGAAGAAUGUCACAAGGCUCCCAAGGGACACCAAGCGCCAGGCGGUAGCCAUCGUCUUUACCGAUGACACCUCACGCACAUUCACCUGUGAAUCAGAGCUAGAAGCAGAGGAGUGGUUCAAAACUCUGUCAAUCGAAUGCCUGGGGACCCGCCUCAAUGACAUCAGUCUAGGAGAGCCGGACUUGCUGGCAGCAGGUGUUCAGUGUGAACAUACAGAGCGUUUCAAUGUGUUCCUACUGCCCUGUCCUAACCUGGACAUCUAUGGGGAGUGUAUGAUGCAGAUCACCCAUGAGAAUAUCUACCUGUGGGACAUCCACAACCCUCGCACCAAACUGGUCACCUGGCCUCUCUGCUCCCUGCGCCGCUACGGACGAGAUGCCACGCGCUUCACCUUCGAGGCUGGACGGAUGUGUGACAGUGGAGAAGGCCUGUACACAUUCCAGACGCGGGAGGGAGAACAGAUCUACCAGAGAGUCCACUCCUCCACCCUAGCCAUCGCUGAGCAGCACAAGAGAGUUCUGAUGGAGAUGGAGAAGAACAGCAGAUUGUCUAAAGGUUCUGAGGCGGGCUCCUACCCCUGUACCCCCACAGCCAUCCUGCCCCGCAGUGCCUUCUGGCACCAUAUCACUGGCACCCAGGGGGGCAUGGACCCAGCCCAUGGUGACAUGUUUGGUGGUUCUCAGACUGGCCCUGAUGCAGACCUGCUCUCCACCCGGCUGCCCUCAGAGCCACGCCACGCUACCAUGCCCCUGGCACACAGCCGACACUCCCCCGCCCGCUACCCCACCUACCCCAGCCAGUGAUCCCAGGGGUGCAUUGCAGACCCCUAGCCUCCUCCACUCUAUACACCGCACUCCUCCUAUUCUCCUUUCUCUGCAGUGCUUACCUCAACUCCACGCCCCCUCAUCUACCCUCCAGCCAAUCAGGUUGGGUUGUGGGGAGUGGGCUCUAAGAUGGGGUCAUAGGACCUCCUCUAAAGCUGGGAGCUCUGUGAAGCAGGACGUGAUAGCGCCUCUGGUCUUCUCUUCUUCUUCCAAAGGCUGGUUACCUGAAGGAACUUCAACUCCCAGAAUCCCUCACAGUGGAGGCAAAGUGCAUUGUGCGAGCCAGCAGUGGCUUGUUGCCUCUUAGUGAGCUGACAUUGUGGCAUGGUGCAUCUCUCUUUGCUCUGCUGUGGGUGUGGAGGAGGAACAGGAGGAGGAUGGGUGUGAGCUGUAAGGAUGUGAUUUAGUCUCCUCUCUAACCCCUGUGAAAUGUUAUUUUCUGAUGGGAUUCAGUCAGCUCUCCAUCACCUCAACCCCCUUCGCGACAGACCUCUUCAUGUACCUCAUGCCAGCUCUUAGCAAAGUUCAAUGUUAGGGGCUCAGGACGUCCCCAUACAGCUCUUAUUGGGGGCAGAACAGUAGGACCCCUUCCUACCAUCCCUGCUCUCCAGCAUGAUAAGGAUUGUGGCACUCGCUCCAACCCAUAACUUCAAUCUGACAGACACAUAUGUAAGACAACAGUUUCUUCCCAAGUACUGGCCUUGGCUUCCUUCUUCAACUGUGUGUGGGUGGAAGAGGGACUGUCCCUGGACUACCAUCCAACCAAACACCUGGUCUAAUUCCACAGAGAAACAAAGGACCACUUGUCUUUCAUCUUUCUUUCUUAAAAAAAAAACUUGUAGCAGACUUAACAACCUGACUUUACCUUGUAUACUGUUCUGUCUGAUAAAGAAAAUAGACAGAUUUUUCUGGGAGGAUAGAGGGAGGCAGUGAUGAGAGGGAGGGAGAGCCAUAUGCCUCUGAAGUCAUGACUUCGAUUGUUGUUUUCUCCUGGUUUCCUGCCAUUGGGUUGUGAAGACAUCCAAGGCUGUUCAUAAUAUGGUAAUGGAACCCUGUGUGUGUGUGUGUGUGUGUGUGUGUGUGUGUGUGUGUGUGUGUGUGUGUGUGUGUGUGUGUGUGUGUGUGUGUGUGUGUGUGUGUGUGUGUGUGUGUGUGUGUGUGUGUGUGUGUGUGUGUGUGUGUGUGUGUGUGUGUGUGUGUGUGUGUGUGUGUGUGUGUGUGUGUGUACUGCAUGAAUGGGAUACACAGUUACUGUCAUUUGGCCACUUUAAAACCUAUGUUAAGAGAGAAUUUAGACAUGGUAAAUAAUAAGCUAGAUUUAAAAAAAAUAUAUAGACGUCACAAAGAUGUAGCCACUCCCUCAAACCUCAUCAUUAUUGUGGAGGUCCUUGGUCUGAGGGAGACACCACGGACUGUGUCAUAGUGUGGCUCCUCAUUGAGUUUCCUGUCAGGCACAAGAGUAUAAUGAACUAGUGAAGUUGUGAUAACCAUUGUUAAUGUCCCGUGUUUGUAGCUUCACAGACUUUCUGGUGUGUGGGGGUGGGUUAUCGCCUGACCAAAAUGGUUCUUGACAUGUUUGCACUUGUUUUUUUCCCUUCUUUUUUUAAAUGUGUUUUUGAUAAAUCAGGAGCCAUUGCUCUUAAUUUGGGUCAUGUGAGGGAUAAGCACAGAUCUAGGGCGGGUCCAUAAGUUACCUGCCUCAGAGGACCCUCACAUGGAGUCCUUUCAUUUUAGGGGUGUAGCCUAGAUACUGCUAGUGGGUUAGUUAGUAGAUGACUGUUGCACAAAGAGAGAAACACAUGUUUUUAUAGCUGGAAGUAUAAAACCUGCCCUCUACACAGUUCUUACAGAAGAUUGGGUUUAUAACUAAUAAGGCUAAUUAUUUCAACCCGUCUCAACAUUAUAGCAGAUUUGAUUGACUAUGAACUAAGACUUUCCAACUGUCUAUUCAUUUGUGACACUUGGAUAUGACCCAACUAAUACCACCAUGUAGUUAGAGAUUGGACUAAUAUGAAAUAUAUAUAUAUAUAUACAUACAGUAUUUCACCACUGUUAAAGUUAUUAUAUGUGAAGCUUAUAAAAUGAGGUAAUUUUCUAAUCUCCUUGACUAGGUGUAAUGUUAUUUAUUUGAGUUGGCCAGAGUGGGACAGUCUGAUGUCUAAGGCUACUUGUUAAAUGCUGGAAUCCAAUAAAACACACAUUUACAGAUGAUUUAUCUCAUGUUUACAUAAAGGGCUAAGCUUUUUGUUGAACAUACUCUUUAUGUUUUAAACCCUAUGUAUUUGUGUUUGUGUACAUACAUGAGUUGUUGCUGCCCCCUUGGGUUCUUGAAAAUACAGCUAUUUAUUUCACAUCGUGUGGUCUCUAGAUGUGUGUGUUUGUGAGAGAGAGUGUGCGGUGUAUGGCUGAAUGUUCUGUGACAGGGAUUGUCUGGGGGACGUUUCUUUGAAAUGCAUGCACUCCACACAUUUUUUAUACUGCGUAACGAUGGUAAGAUUGAAAUGUUGUGGACUUGUUCGUCCAGAUAUGUGGGUGAAGAUUUUUUUUUACAGACGUUUACUUGGCACAAGGAAAUAAAGAACGACGAUUCACCUGA